ACAUCUCUCUCUCUCUUCGUCUGAGUUUCAUGAGCUGAUCGGUCUCAAAAUUUGUGUGGUUAUUAUUAGAUUAAUUUAUAUUCAAAAAAAUAUGAAGCUUAACAGUGGAUAGAGAUGGAGGAUCCGCUUAAGCUCUAUAUAUAUGCAUGAGUUAUAAUAUUACUUACUCUAUUUGUUUCUUCUGAGAGUAUUUCUAAAAAAACAAAAACAUUGUCUCCUGUGCUGAAUCCAAUAUGAUGAUUCUCGUAUAUAUUCAUUGAUAUGUUAAGCCUAGCUAUUCAAGUAUCGAUUCCUUUCUCUUUUAUCACCUAGUUUUGGUUUUUUAUCUUUGGAAUUUCUGUUUGUACCCUACUCUUUUUGUAUGUAAAACCAAGAUCCAUGGCGCAUCAUACAAAUUUUGGUGGUUUAGUUCAUUUGUUCACUGGAUAGAAGAAGAUGAAAGGCUUAUUGUUCCACCAACAACAGCAACAGACACAAGUUUUGGAAGAGAACAUGUCGAAUUUGACUUCGGCUUCUGCAUCUGGUGAAGCCAGUGUUUCCUCAGGCAGUAGAAUGGAAGCUGGUUCCAGUUAUCCCCAACGAAACUUCACCAUUCAACAACCUCAAGCUCAGCCAGUUAAGAGAAAGAGAAACCUACCAGGCAACCCAGACCCAGAUGCAGAAGUGAUAGCCUUGUCUCCUAAAACCCUCAUGGCAACGAAUAGAUUCGUGUGUGAGAUCUGCAACAAAGGCUUUCAAAGAGACCAGAACCUUCAGCUUCAUAGAAGAGGGCAUAAUCUGCCAUGGAAAUUAAAGCAAAGAACAAGCAAAGAGGUGAGGAAGAAGGUAUACGUAUGUCCAGAAGUAAACUGUGUGCACCAUGAACCGUCGAGAGCGCUCGGAGACUUGACCGGAAUCAAGAAGCACUUCUCGAGGAAACACGGCGAGAAGAAGUGGAAAUGCGAAAAGUGUUCGAAGAAAUAUGCAGUUCAAUCGGAUUGGAAAGCUCACUCAAAGACUUGUGGCACUAGGGAAUAUAGAUGUGAUUGUGGAACCCUCUUCUCAAGGAGGGAUAGUUUCAUCACACAUAGAGCCUUCUGCGAUGCUUUAGCAGUGGAAAGUGCAAGGGCAAUCAAUCCACUUCUUUCUGCUCAUCAAUCAGGCCAAGCCUCGUCCCACAUCCAGUCAUUUUCGCUUAAGAAAGAGCAGCAAAGUUUCACUCCUCUGAGGGCAGAGAUUCCUCCAUGGCUGGCUAGCCAAGCAAUGCUCGGGGCUGGUCCUGGCCCACAGCAUCAUGUUGACCUUUCCUCCUCAUCACCGUCAAUAUUCUCCCCUAGAUUAGAUCAUCAAGAUUUAACACUUUAUGGGAACCCCAGCCCUAACCCUAGUCUUGUCCCUACUCUCCCUCCUCCAUACCAUGAGACGACAGUGCCUUCUGCUCACAUGUCAGCCACUGCAUUGCUUCAGAAAGCAGCUCAUAUGGGUUCGAUCAUGAGCGGUAAAAUUGGGCCAUCAACAGUACCGGCUACUGUUGCUGGCUCAUUGAGGAGACCCCACCAACCAACUCACGUGUCUGCUGAUUCUGCUGGCACUAACAACAACACAACAACAGCUGGUUUUGGAUUCGACUUGCCUUCACGUGAACAAGAACUGGAUGUGGUGGAUAGUAGUACUGGUGGAUUUAUCCAUGGCUUUUCUCCUUUCGGGAACUGUAAACCUGCUGCUGCCAUGGCAGGCGGAGAUGACCAUCAUCAUCAUCAAGCUGACUCAGGUGCUACUCUUUCCCUUCUCCAAGACAUGAUUAAUUCUUUGUCUUCUGCCACUGGAUUUGACGCCACUAAUUCCUUUGAUGACAUUGCGUUUGGUGGUGGCAUCUUGAACACAAAGAAGAUCGAUGGGAGUUCCAUCGACGAAUCAUUCUCGAAAACAACUACACCGAUGACGACAAACGCUACCACUCAGCAGAGUGAAGGCUUGACGAGAGAUUUCUUGGGUCUUAGACCUCUCUCUCAUGCCGAUAUUCUCAACAUCAGUGGUCCUAGUAAUUACUGCAUCAACAACACUUCGCAUGAACAACGAAACCAGUCUAAAAAAACAUGGCAGCUUUAGGUAAUAUAGUAACUUUUUCUUCUUCUUUUUCAUUUGAACUUCCUUCCAAACAUUUCUUAAAUUUUAUAAUCUAUUUACUGCAAUCUUUCUAAAGGGAAUGACCUCUAAAGGUACUGAUAUAUAAUAUCAGUUCUUUAUAUUCAUAUUUAAUGUAGCCCAAUGUUACAAA